AUGCAGUGGAUACUACUCAGUGUAAUUUAUUAUGGAUUGUACGGAGUAAAUGCUCUUGAUUACUCCAAUUACCCAGCGAUACAACGAUUUCAAGAAUAUAUUCAAAUAAAUACAACUACGGGUGCUAAUCUGACCCCAGCUGUCGAAUUUUGGACUCAGUUGGCUGAAGAACAAGGUGUACCCAUAAACGUUUAUGAAUAUGGAGAAGGUUAUCCCAUAGUUGUUUUAAAAUGGGCUGGACAAGAUUCUUCGCUGAAUAGUAUUCAACUUAAUUCUCACAUGGAUGUUGUACCCGCAGAUGAAAAUGAAGGAUGGAGUUAUCCGCCAUUCGGCGGAGUUCUUGCAGAAGACGGAAACAUCUACGGUCGCGGUACGCAGGACAUGAAGUCGGUCUCCAUUCAAUAUUACGAAGCAUUAAGUGGAAUAAAAGCUAACAAUAUUACUCUUUUGAGGGACGUAUAUAUGACACUUAUGCCUGAUGAGGAGGUGGGUGGCGAAGACGGCAUGAUACCAUUUCUACAGAGCGACGAGUUCUCUGCAAUGAACGUAGGCUUGGAAUUAGACGAAGGAACGUCUUACCCGAUACCUAUCAUACCACUCUUUUACCAAGAUAAGGUUGUUUGGCAAAUUAAAGUCGAUUGUCACGGUGUAGCUGCACAUGGUUCAACUUUUCCUGCAACCAACACGACUGCUACUGGAAAGUGUCGUAAUGUAAUCGAUACUCUACUAAAGUUCAGGGACGAGCAGUAUAUCAUUUCAACAUCGGCAUCAAUAUUUGACGCCGGCGUGUAUACAUCAGUGAACCUUAACAGACUGAACGGUGGUACUGCUAACAAUAUCAUCCCUAGCCUUGUUAGCCUCACAUUCGAUAUUCGACUGGGAACCCGAGUGAAUGAAGAUGCAUUUCAAGCACAAUUGGAGCAAUGGAUAGCGGAGGCUGGAGACAAUAUCAUGCUAACCUAUAUAUCAAAGAAUCCACAGAGUCCUGCCACUCUGGUGUCCUCGUCCAAUCCUUAUUGGAUAGCGAUUGCUGAAGCGGCCCAAACAUUGAGGAUACCAAUAGUACCUAUUGUACCACCGGGGUCAACAGACGCGCGACACGUACGACUGGCCGGCGUGCCCGCAUUUGGCAUCUCACCUAUGGCGAACACACCUAUGCUAUUACACGCUGUCGACGAGUAUAUACCUGCGGAAACCUUCCUCAGGGGUAUAGAUAUAUAUGAGCAAAUCAUCACGAACCUCGCAAACAUACCUGGCAGUGAAACUUCCACGGACCCUAGUGUGUAUAUUGUUAAAACUGCUCUGUAA